AUGACUAGUCUUCCGAUUUCUCCUAAUCCAUCCUCUAAACAAACAGAUAAUGAGGAUGAUGAGGAUGAUGAUGAUACAUCAAAUUCUGUUUCUCCACCUUCAAAUUCAAAAUUAUCAGUAGAACAAGGUGAAACUCGCUUGAUAACUAUUUCAGAAGCUAUUGGCCUUGAUUUUCAUUCAUUUAUUCCACAAGCUGAUAUAACAUCACAAGUACAUUUUCUAAGUAAUAUUCAACCAGGCUCUCCAGCAGAUAUAGCUGGUCUUAAAGAUGGGGAUCGUGUUUUACAAGUAAAUGGAAUUAAUAUUACUAAUCUUGAACAUGAAGAUGUACGAAAAUUAAUGCAACUAAUGACCCCAAUUAUAUUAACAGUAGCCAAUGAUCCAAAAUAUUUAUUCAUACUUCAACAGCCAGUGAUUGAUAUUGAAGAAAAACUACCAGAACUUCCAAUAACGGCAAAUGGCGAUAUUAAUUCAGAUACAAUUAGUCGUCAAUUAAGUCGUUUUGAAUUAAAAGGACAUUCAGGACUUGAAACAAUGGUAUCAUCUGGAUCAAAAUCAACUAUCUCAACAAAAUCACAUCGUUAUGAAAUAUUUAAUAUAAUUAAAUCUGAUGAAUCAACUAAAGAAGAAUCAUUAAAAGCUAAAUUAUGUCAUUUACGUAAAAGUAAAAAAUAUGAUGGUUAUGGAUUAGUAUUAAAAUACCAACAAGAUCUUCAUGUUAUUGGUGAAGUUGAAGAAGCAUCACCUUCAUAUCGAGCUGGCCUACGUGAAAAUGAUGUUAUUAUAUUUGUGGGAAAAAAAAAUGUCGAAAAAUUAACUCAUGAUGAUGUUAAAGUUAUGAUUCGAGCAAUGACAUUAGCAUCGAAUCAAGUUGAAUUAACUGUUUUAUCAAAAUCUGAUAUUCCAAGAUAUAAAACGUCACAAGAAAAAGGUUUAAUCGAUUGGUCAAUUAUGGGUUUGGAGAAAUAA